AGUCGAGCGGUGUGUACGUUGCUUUGAAGUAUCGCGCGCCCCGCGACAAUCGCCGCGUUGGUCGACGGAAGAGAGAAAAAGAGAGAGAGAGGAAGAGAAAGAUUUGACCAGGGCCAGAGGUACACGCGUCAGAGGUACUCACACACGUGAGCCCUUUUCUUGACACUGAGAAACGAGAAGGCAAAGCAGGUGGCGGCACGCGAGUGCCGGUUGAAUCGCCGUCCACCCGCACGUGUUUUUCGGCUGUUUUUUUGUAAAAUCGUCCGGCGAGAGCCAGCGUAUCCCGGACAUCCUGUUCAGUGCGCGCACUGACGUUACGUACGUAUAUAUAUCGGAGCACGCGACGCGGAAGACACGUGUGAACGACGUCGGUCCGUUUGUGACGAUUACUCCCAAAACAUUCGUCGCGCGAGACAUUGUUUACGAGGCGCAGUGGCGCCGCAUCUUUUCUCUCUCUUUCUCUCUCCCCUCCCCCCCUCCCCCUUCCUCCUUUCCUCGCGCCCGCGCUUUCUCCACUCGGGCGGGAAGUUACGUUCGAGACGCGAGGGUACGAUGUGUCGCGCCGUUCGCAGUGUUUCACUCGGUUGACUUCGGACCCCUAAAAAGUGCUUCAUGUUCUGACUCCACGAUACUGUGAUUCUAUACGAAUCAGGUGAUUCUAUUUGCCGAGAAAGAAGAAGACUCCGAGAAAACAGAAUCUCAAUCGCGUCACGAAUUUCGCGUUUCGCGAUAGUGCGUGAAGUGAGCGCACCAAGGAAGGAGAAACAUCGAGUCGAAAAUCGAAUCGCGGCGGUUAUAUUAUCGUUCGGCGCGUCCUUCACCGAUACGUUUCAUUGACGCGUUUCGAAUCGCGCGAGAACGUUUCUUUGGCUCCCGCGGAGGCUCCUGCCAAUAAUUCAAAUUAAAGUUACCAUUUGCCACACGAGAAAUUCGUAUUGUAGGUCAGAAAGAAAAGACUCUCGCCUCGUCAACGUUGACGGGAAACGCACUCGUCGACGCGCUCGGUGUUACUCCGCGCGUCGCGACUUGCGUCGCGACCGGGGCCCCCGUCUAACAAGUAACAGUACUUCCUCGCGCUCGGUGGAAUAAAGCCUCUUUCCGUGGAACGGGACCCACCGCGCUGAGCGCUCUCCGCCGUGCUGCGCCGGCUCCGCUCGCACCUCGCGCGCCGCGCCGCGCCGCGAACGUACACCCAUCUCGCUCGCACCCGCGCGCGAACACUCGACGUCCCGUGCUAUCGUCCGCGAAGUAGUCUGGCCGGUCGGGCACGAGGGAGCCUCUCGUGAAAACCAGUCCUCGCGUAUAUACGCGUAUAUACGCGUACGCGCCGGUCGCUCCAUACGUUACGGACCAGAAGAGGCUGCGGUUUUGCCUUACGGCGCAAAGUGCUCCGGCUCCAACGAGCCUUCCGCACCUGCUCCGCGAUAUACGACUGUAUACGAGGAUUUUUGGCAGCCGGCAGGAGGCAGGAGGCAGGAGGAGAACGAUCGAACGGUCCGGCGAGAGACGAGAUCGUCGAGGGGAUUAAAAGAGAGAGAUCUGCGAGUUGAGGUGGGAUUGACAAAUCGAUCGCACGAGGAGGAGCGGAAAGAAGGAAGGAAGAAUCGUAUCCUGCCUGCCAUAUUUCGUUGCUUUUUGAAACGCCCGCGGAAAAUCGAGGGUGGACGAUAGAUGUCCGUUUCGUCGGUGCAUCAUUUUUCAAGGUGUUGUGACUAUCUUUGUGACUCUCUCGACCACGAGUCCUAUAUUUCCUCGUGGAGGCUUAUCCUGGUUUUUCGGAAAUUCAUGGUAUUGUAACCUGUCUUUGUAGGUCGGAAAUUUACUAAGGGAAUAUGGAGAAGAAGACUGUCUCAAAGGCCGACUUUUAAAAUAAUACAAAUAUUCGACAAUUCGACAUUGUCUUAGUCUGGAGGACAAUUGAAUGAAGAUUAAUUUAUAUCUUAAAACAACAAAUAUUCGACAAUCAUUAUAUCCGAAGACUGUGAUUAGCAUUUCAUUAUCACGAGAAACUGGCUUAUCUACAUUUGGAGGAAGCAGCCACAAUUGAGAGAAGACGAAGAUUAAUUUACGCCGAUUAUAAAACAGCAAAUAUUCGACAAUCAUUUAUCCGAGGACACUCUCUCUCUCUCUCUCUCUCUCUGUCGUCAGUAAAUUUCUUAUUAUCGCAAAAAGCUGACUGCGUUGUCUUAAUCUGAAGGUAGGAGCCAUAGUUAAAAAAAGAUCAAUUCACGCCGAUCCGAAAGCAACAAACAUUCAACAAUUAAUUAUCCCGUGGACUGUCAUUAGCAACUGUCAUUGUGGACUCAUUAUCGUCACAAGAAGAUUGUAUUGUCUUCGUCCGAAGGCGAAAUUGGCAGGGCCACGAAUUGAAAGAAGAUCGGACGAGGAGCAAAACGGUUUAUGCGUAAAGUUCGCGGCGACGUCGGGAUAUUUCGGUAGCACGCGGACUUGGACGCGGAUCGAGGGCGAAGAGCGCUCGACGUUUUAUCGUCGAAACGCAUCGGAAAGCAGGUUAGCGAUCCCAUCUCGUUUGCGGGCGAGCGCGAUGCUCGCGUCGGCGCGCGACGCCCGUGUCUCGCCGACCGCCGCCCGCGCCGCCGCGUGCGCGAUUCCGUGGUCACCGUGCCGAUUUCCGGCGGAUAGAGCGAGCGAGGAAGUCGAUACGGGGAGAUCAACGGCCGUUCCGGAAAGGAAUCUGGACUCCUGAAAAGGAUCUCCCUGGGAGGCAAGAAAAGAGAGAAGUAGGAACGGAGUUACUUGGAGAAUACAUGGAAAGUAAUGCGAAAUCGAGAUAGGGAGUCCCCUCUAUGAAUAUGAAUUGUGGACAAACGAUACACCACACGGCUUGGCUGAUGUAUUUUCGGAGUCUAUAGUAUAUUCGGUGGAUGCAUUCACGCUUACGCGCGGAUUUGGAAGGAUUACGUGCAGCAACGAAGAGAAGUGCGAAUGGACCUUCGCAAAAUCAGAGGUUAACCGGGGAGAAAGAGGAAAAGGUGGAAGAAGAUAUAGGGGCCUUUCGCCGCUCGCGACCUAAGUUUCUCGGUCGCCCGCGAGUCCCACUGAGCUAAUUCGCGGCGCUCUUUUACACCUCGCGAUGCUCCGGUGAAGGUGUACGAUCGUCAACUACUUCCGUUCAUAAAGGAGAAGGUUCCUAAGCGUUCGAAAGAAAAAUUAUAAAAUCAUCCCGACGACACUCACCUUGGUCUCUCUCGCAAAGAAGACACAGGAGAGACUUAAUAAUUUAACUUGCAUAAUUUAUUUGAAUGCUAAGCAAUAGGAAACUUGGAAAAGUCGACAGCAACGCGAAGGUGGUGACCUCCCUGUGAUGUUUUAAUUUUGCGACCGUUAAUUUUGCGCCGUUUUUCGCGAGAUGUUAAUGUGAUCCAAGUGCGAGGAUAUCUCUUCUACGUUUCGCUAUAGUGUGAUCUUUUCGAUACUUAAUAAUAACCGUACAAUUGUGUUCCGCGUAUCGACGAACUUCUCGCCAGUGUUUUGAUCCCGCGGCUGAUUAUCGAGUGUGACGAAUCGGAGGGAAGCAGCCGUGAGCGGAGCGAAGAGGAAGGAGGCAGACAAAUCUGACGGACGGUGAAAGAAGAUACAAUUUGGAGCGGAAGACAGGACGACCCAUCGAAGAUGAAGACCACACAACGAGCUCUAAGCUUCGACGAGACGUCGAUGGACAGCUGCAUAUUGGCUACUAUCGACGAGGGCCGCCGAGUCAGUGACUUAUCGGGCGAGUCGAUGAAGGACAGUAACGAGGUGGAAGUGACGUCAUUGGAGGAAGCCAAGUCGGUCAUAGCGGCACUCAGAGCGAGACAGCGGGCACAAGCCCACCAAAUGCUCGCUUGGCGAAGAACCCUUAAAUUGCAGGAGGACCUGGUGGCUCGAUUGACGCGGGAAAAAGCUGAGCAGCUGCGGACGUUGUCGUCGCAACUUCUGCUGUUCGAGUCAAGGCUCUGCAGGAAGCAGAAGGAAAUCGAAGCCAGUCUGAGUCAGCGAGAAUCCAUUAUUUUACGACAACAAAGGGUGAUCCGGCAGUUGCAGAACAGAUUGGCGGAGAGGAGCACGAGCACUCGGGACUCGCCACCUUGCGACGCCCUGGACAGAUUAGACAGUCUCGGGGAUAGCGACAGCGCCGUGGUGCUCGAGGAAACCGCGGACGAUCCUGCCCCACCAAGAUUUCGUUCUAACAUUACUGAUGUAACUGUGAUCCGUUCCGUGUCCGAUGCGGUGGAACCGUCGAACAAGUAUUCGUCGAUGCGACGUUGCAAUGGUUUUCUCAGAAGACCGGAGAUUCUGGAAACCGUGUAUUCCGUGGAGGAAGACGGUGACAGCGAAAAUAAUCAGGAUCCGUCGGAAUCGACAGAGAAUUCGGAAUACGAAGACAGGAGAAUGAAAAACUUAGGCAACGGAAAGGGCAGGCUUCAGGAUCUCUACGGCAGUUUCGAAAGGUUGGCUCAAGAUACAGAUUCUCCACCCAGCGAAAGACCUAGAGACGAAAGCCAACAGGCGCAGGUGACAUACAAUAGGGUAAUGAGCAAUCACAGAUCCGUGACGAAGCCAAAAGAUGUGAAGUACAAGAGGAUAAAUAAGGCAAAAUCGAAAAGUCUUGAAGAACUUAGAGGACGUCUUAGAAAUUGGGUCGAGAAAGGAAAUAAAAUAGCUAUAUCGUUGGAUCAGUCAUAUGCUUGAGCUUACUAUCCUUAUAUAUGAAAGUAUAUAAAUUAUUAUUUUAUGAACGAAAACGUGUAAUGCCCAAAAUUAUAAUUCUAUUUGUAAGAUUAAGGAAUGGACUUUUAUCUUUAGUAAAGUCGCUACUCUAUUUAAUUGAAAUAUCAUCGCUCCAUGUGAUAUUUACUGUAAUAUUUUGUCAUGUUAAUUAUGCACCUAGAUCAAAGAUAAAUGAUUCGAAACUUGUGAUAUGAUUUUAUUAUAUACAAA